CCAGGACUCUGAAACCAAACAACACGUCGGGUGAAAAAAUGCACCAAGGAAUAAUGCACCUAAAAGAGCUGCUUUGGGUGUUAUAACCAACCAAGUCAGAGUACAGCCUUUCAGAGCUGCUAAGGCUGGCACAGAAGCAUUCCAAGAUGAAAAUACAUUUUCAAGACAAGCAAAGACUUUUGGGCAGAAGGAGGCUGCUCAGCCAUUUUCCAUAUUUGUUGAUGAUCAGAAAACAUUACAAGAACUCAAGCCAGUGUCUGCUAACAUGGUGGCAAGUGCUGAUACCAAAGUGCAAUUGACAGACGCUGUAACAACUUUAAACCGUCUCCGUGAACCUCUUUCUACAGCAGCAAACAACUCUCUUAUUUGCAUAGAUGACAGUAUUGAUUCUCCCAUGGUGCUAGAUAUUUCACAUGAUGUAGCAGAAGAGGAGAAAAAACCUUUAAACAGAGAAGCUAUUAUCACAACUGUCCCAGAGUAUGCAGAAGAAAUUUACACACAUUUAAGAGAAGCUGAACUGAAAAACCGACCCAAAGCUGGCUACAUGAAGAAACAACAAGACAUCACAAGUUCUAUGAGGUGUAUUCUGGUCGAUUGGUUAGUGGAAGUGUCCGAGGAAUACAACCUUCAUCGCGAGACGCUGUUCCUUGCCAUCAACUACAUAGACCGUUUUCUGUCCACAAUGGCUGUCCAGAGGGGCAAACUGCAAUUGGUUGGUGCAGCUAGCAUGUUCCUUGCAUCGAAAUAUGAAGAGAUCUAUCCCCCAGAUGUUGGAGAGUUUGCUUACAUCACAGAUGACACAUACACAAAGAAACAAGUGUUGAGGAUGGAACAUCUCAUCUUAAAAGUACUGAAGUUUGACAUCUCUCCCCCCACUGCUAACUGGUUCUGUGACCAUUUCCUCAAGCAAGCUGGCUGUGAUGAUAAGACCAAAUCACUCGCAAUGUUGCUGAUUGAGCUGAGCUUGGUGGAUUGUGAAACGUUCCUGAGGUACAGCCCAAGUUUACUGUCUGCGGCCGCCACAUGUCUAGCCAGCUACUCUAUGGGAGCUGAGCAACCAUGGGUAAGUUGAUGUGGUAUAUUAUUGUAGUGGGAGAGUGCAUGAUCCAAUUUUCUCUCAAUUUGUUAAAAAGCUAAA